AUGGCGAUUGUAGUUGGCACGAAAGAUCACCAUAAGGAAAUAUCCCCGAAUGCAAAGACAGCUAAGAAUAUCAUGUGUUAUUCCAAAAUACUAGAUGCUGCCUAUUGUCAACCCUGCUGGUUAUUUGCUUCACAAAGGAAUAAUGUUUGGCGUACGGGAAUUCGAGAUUGGAAGCAUUUAUCAGAAAGAAUUAAACAACACAGUUGUUCGAGUGGCCAUUCGGAAGAACUUGAAAAUGAAAUUCGCAAAGAAGAAUCAUCUUGGAAAAUGGUUCUUCAAAGGUUAUUCGAUAUCAUACUUACCCUAGCAAAGAGUUCUUUGGCUUUGAGAGGACAUCAAGAAGACUUAAGUCAGAAAGGAUACCACGGAAAAUUUCUGUCCUUUGUAGAGCUUGUCGCCCGAUAUGAUCACAUUCUCGGCAAGUUUUGGAUAUGCCCAAAGGUAAUAAUAAUUAUUUCUAAGUUUUUUUUUAUCGUUUUAUUUUGUUUAUAAUUAUUAACUGUUUAAUAUCAGGACUUUUUUGAAAUUGUGUUUUUUGUAUGUUUUUAGGAUCUACAAGAUAUUUGAGUGCAACAAUUCAAAAUGAAAUGAUUGAGAGCUUGGGGACCAAACUCGAAACCCAUCUACUGGAACAAAUUAGAGCGUCACCGUUUUUUGCCAUCAUAAUGAAUACAAC